AUGGGCUCAGGCCCGGGCCCCCGAAGUUUCUUACACAGGCCGCAGCACCAGGCACCCACCCCCUUUUCCACCAGCCUUCCCCUGGACUUUUCUAGAAGCACACUUCCUCGUCCGUCAACCACCAUCACCAUCACCAUCACCACCAUCACCACCACUACCACCACCACUACUACUAUUUAUUCACACCACUACCACCACCACCACCGAAUCACAUCCCCUUUUGCCUGCUCCAGCCCAAUCAUCAACAAAAUGCCCAUCUUCGAAACCCAAUUUCUCGCAGACCCCGACAUGGCAAGGUGGUGGGUGAUUGUUGCUGCGAGUACCUGGUUCCUCUACAACAAACGCUGUUUUCUCACCAAUAUCCUCUUCGACGAGGAUUGGACCGGCCUUGAGGGGAUGACGCCGGGCGACGAAGACCAGGAUCAACCGGCGCUUUGGACCGUGCUGGCCUGA